CAAGAUAACUGCAGAAACAUAAAAUUUUUUGGCCACAUUGAGGGUCAAGCUCUUGUUGAUCACGUGAUCUCCUCUCUGCUGGUGACAAGUGGUGACAUCUGUCAAAUUCGAUGUUAUUUUGUCCACGAUUGCGUAUCUUUUAACCUGGGGAUAAGUCAGACUGGUGAUCUUUAUAUUUGCGAGUUAAACAAUUCUACGGAUCAAGCAUUUUUACAGAAAAGGGAAAAGUACACAUAUCAUGAGACCCAGGUUAGUGUUAAAAAAUUUCAGCUGUCGUAUAUGUAGUAGAUUGAUUUUUCUUCCUAUUUCUCACCCGAUGCAUUAAUUUACCAGAAACAAAAAUUUUCAAACUCAGAGCAAAGACGUUUGAAAAAAUUCGAAUAUUUUGUUCUAAUCCCUCAACUUCAUCAGAGAUGUAACAGAAAAGUUGUUAUGAAUGAAUCCCCAAGAGAUGAUGUAAAUGGACGAUAGGUCCAGUCUCCCUCGUCCCUAAUAAGAGAGGGUUUUCUUUGUUUGAUGGCCUUAUGGCAAUGGCCUCUUAGCGCGGAGCUUGAUGCAAUUGAUUGGGUGAUUUUUGUCAUUUUAAACUUCAGUAUUGUAUGGGUUGAUGCAGAAACUCUUAUGAGUUUCUGGUUGAUGUUAUGACCCCGUUGCCCGUCAGCGCUCGAAAAUUGAUUAGUUUUUCUUUGUUGCGAGUACAAAGGGAUCUGGUGAUCUCACCAAUGUAGUUGUCAGGGCAUUGUUCGCUUUUAUUAACUACUUCAACUCCUUGUUAUUAUUUUGUACCUACUUUUAUUAUUCGCUCUCUUACGUUAUUCACCAUAUAAGCUCGAAAAGAACGCACAAAGGUUUUCACAGUGUUCUAUAGUUAAACUGUGUAUUGCACUGUUCUGCUUAUCGAAGGAGGAUGAAAAUCUGCAAAUCUAUGUAUUUUUCCUCUCAUUAUCCUUUUUAUGCAUGGAAGAUUGGGCCUUUAGUCAGUGCCCCAAGCUAGAACAGGCCUUAUUCAAAUUCAAGACGCUUAUUAAUUUGACGUUUUGUUAUUUGUUCAGGAUAUCACGUGAUCUUUAGUAUUUGGACCCGCCACCCCAGGGGAAGCUGGUGUUGUUUUUAGGGACCCUUUCCACACUACAUAAAGAUGGCACCCUCGUCCUUAGGGCUUUUCCCUCAGAUAAUGGGUUAAGGCCGGGGGACGAGGUUGAAAGGAUGGCUUCUCAUUUGCAAUCCCCCCCCCCCCCCUCCAACACUAACAGAAAAGAAUAAUAGGAUUUAAAUGCCCCAGUGCAGUUGGUCUGACAAUGUAAAGUUCAUCCUUACAAAAUAUUUCAGUUUAAUCUCAGAUUCUCGUGCCAAAAAUUUGUCGCGUCAGGGCUCCCAGAUAAGUGAUGUCUUGUAGAGCUCUUCACCCAAGUCAUUUGGGGGAGUCGCGAGAAAUCACGCGCGAGAAGCCCGCGAAACGAGACGCGAGUACGUUCUCUCGCAGCUCGCUUCUCUCCCAUAAAUGAAGUGUUUGCUAGUAAGCGAGAUGGGACCAUGUCAGGGUCCUCCCUGUCCUUGUACAGUGCAUUGACUUGUAUUCAAUACUUUGCUUGACUUUAGAACAGCUGUAGCUCACGCCCCUGUUUAAAUAAUGGCAAGUGUCAGCAUGGAUUUACUGCCAAAACAUUUCGAUGUUUAUGUCCAGCUGGUUUUGAGGGAGAGCUUUGCGAAAAAGGUUAGUAUAAAUUUGUUUUGUUAUUUCAAAGAUUUCUAGAAAAAAAACCCUGCAAAAUCAUAACAAGAAAAUGUACUAACUGACAUAGAUACAAGGGUCUCUCCGUUUUUGGGAUAUUAGUAUACCACCCAACCAGUAUCUGAAGUGUUAUGUGUUACGACGUGGGUUUCCUAUCAUCAUAACGUCUUAUAAUUCACAUGGGGAAUAGCUUGAGUGCGAAUUCGAAAAGCGUUUGUAUUAUAGUAAAACGACUGUUUUUUUGGAAGAUGGACAUACUUGAGUACAUCGUAUUUUCCAUCAGCAUUUCCAAAAAAAUAAUAAUAAUAAUGAUUCCGAACCCGUUUACAUACCAUUUUUGACGGAAUAGGUACCAUUAAAUAAUAAUACCCCUUUAAAUUUUUAAAAUACUGUAUCGUCCUUCAAGCUGUACGCUUCCUGCUUAUCUCAUUCCAUAACUGAGCGCGGAAGAUAAAUCUUUAUCAACGGGGGCUGUUCAUUUACACAAACGCGGACAAACCACAUCCUGUUGGAAACAAUUUAAUUUGACGUUUUGCUCAAAUGAACUGAAGAGACAAAAACAAUAGAAGGUAUACAGCAGCGAACCAUUCGACUUUCAAACAGGGGUUUGCAUUGGCACUGCUGCUGCUGUUAGUUCAGACAGUUAUAUUGAACAUCUUGCAUCAAAUGUAACAUGAACAGAACAACAAUACGAUAUGAGAAGUUUAAAAAAUGAAAUGAAAAGCAAACGCCAUAGUCUGAACUACUAAAUAGAAUAGGUUUACCGUCACUUGUGAAUCAACACCUCGCGAAAAUAGUCUCUAUAGUCUUCAAUUUCAUCAACAACACAUGCGCACCAAAGAGCAUUAAACAGGGGCAGCCAACGAGGAUAUGGUUCAAAACCACUUAAACAUAGCAUUGUUAAAGGUAUUUUAGUAUUUAAACGUAGAUAUAGUCAUAUUUUUAUCCCCUAAAAAUUUUUCAUCUGUUCGGAUUUCCUAGCUGAAAGUCUAGUGAUCCGAAAAUAAUAGGGAUCAAAACUUACUUUUUCGAAAAUUUCAGCCAGAAAAAAGGCUCCCGAAAAUUCUAGGUGACCUUUUUAGGGUAAAAAUCCGUUAAAAAUAGGCAAUUAUACCAUUUUUUACAUGUUCGAAAAUCCUAGGAGAGGCAGGCAAGCAAGAAAUUUUACAACAAAUGUUUCGAAAAUUCUAGAUCUCAAAUCGCCUUCCGAACAGAUAUUCUUCCGAAAAUUGUCGUUGGGUGUCCCUGAUUAAAGAUGUGAUCGAACCCAGAAACGGUAAAUACGAUCUUAAGUCAAAUGGCAUUUUAAAGGGGACAAUGGCCAACACUUCACUUGACUUGACUUAGGUUCUUCUUGGAUACAUGUUUUAAUAACGAUACAUGUUAUAUCUACGCCUUCUUUUUAGAUAUAGACGAGUGCACCGCUGGAACCCAUAACUGUUCAGAAAAUGCCUGGUGCAGCAACACCGUAGGCUCAUUCAAUUGCACUUGUUGUGGCGGCUUUGUUGGAGAUGGAGUGAACUGCACAGGUAGCAAGGAGAAUAUUUACUUUAAAUGAAUUUUAACGCUCUCCCUGACCUUAACUGACACCUUAAUAUUAAUCUUUGGACUGUGGGUAUUUUCCAGAAAUAUACCGGGCUGAAUACUCCAAGGAGUGCGGUAUGAGAUAUUUUGUACAAAACGUUUUCCUGAUUCCAGGAAUUCGUGAGUUGUCUCAACAGUUGGGAAUUUCGAGUGUUCGUAUUAGCUACACGCAAACGGAUGGAACAACUCCCAGCUUUGUUGGGAGUUGUUGCGUUCGUGUUGGUAGUGGUAUGCAAACGGAUGCAACAAUUCCCAACAAUGUUGGGAGCUACAGUGCAUCGUGGGAGGGAUAAAAGCCAUAAGACUUUAGAGAGCAUGUGUAAUGCACGUACGUGGCACCAAAAAUGUUGGGAGAGCUGUGCAAACGGAUCCAACAUUAUUGCGCUACGCUUCGGCGAUCACGGAACAGACGAAAUGUUGGGAGUUGUUGGCUCAAAAAGUUUGACAAGGUUCAAAUUUUGCGCAACAACUCGCAACAACAAACAAAAACAUGCAACAGGCCGGUGUGCAAACGGACGGAACAACAAUGUUGGGAGUUGUUGGCUAACAAUGUUACGUCGGUUUGCACGGGGCUUUUAAGUAAAAUACCGGGUACUUGGUUAAGGUACUAGGUUACACGUUCUAAAACAUACUUGUACAAAUAGAGACUUUCGAUGAUGAUCAACUAGUCUACGAAUACAGCCGUCUUCUCAAACCCGGCUGGGCGGGUUACGCUACCUGAAAACGUUUAGAAGGCAAAAUUUGACCCCAGCUGAGAGGGUCAACCGGUCUGGCAGACCACCUGUCGUGUAAACGUGAUCAUAUUAAAAUAAGAGACGGAUUUUAUGGACCGGCAGGUAUUACUUCACCUAAGCGGGUUAUCUUGCCUACCCAGGGUUCCCCUCGUCCAUGUAAACACGCCCUAACCCGAACCUCAAGCUGUAAUCGUUUUACUUAUUUUCAGCAUACUGCGGUAUUCUGUUUGAGUUCGAAAACGGAUUGUCAUGCUGGACAUUGACUGGCAAUGCAUUCGACAAUCAGCCAACAUACGGCGAUAAUUCAUUAGAGAGAGGCAGAGGACCUGCCAACCACAAAGGGAAUUGGUGGAUUGGCGGCUACGAGAAUCGGCCCAGUCCCUCUCAUCAGGCUGGUGCAACCCAAGGCGAUGUUCCCCAAGGCACGAUGACGUCAAACUGUUUUUGGAUUAAUGGAAAUUCUCUUCGGUUCCUUAUUGGAGGAAGUUGUUACAUAAACGAGAUUCGUGCUGAGCUUAUUGUUGACGGAAAUGUGGUUUUUCGGGAAACUGGGGAUUGUAGUGAAUCCAUGAGAGAGAAAAGCUGGAAUGUAUCUGGGUUUGUUGGUAGAAUAGCUCAGUUGCGUUUGGUUGACAAUUCCUCAACCCACUAUGGUCACAUUAAUUUUGAUCAUUUAAUUUGCCAGUGA